CACCUAGGAACCCAGGCAGCCUGGGACUAUCUGAUCCAUUUGUUCUAAAACACAGCCAGCAGGUCCAUGGCCAGCAGGUCUCUGCCCCCGGGACGCCAGGAGGAGGAGAAUGCCAAAGACUCCGGGCGGAAACCCUCACCGGUGCGGCCCCGAGGCUGCCUGCCCAGCAUUGAUGAGGCCCGACCGGCAGGUCCAGGUCCGGGCCCGGGCCCCGCCUCGCGCCGGGGUUCCAUGCUGGGCCUGGCCGCGUCCUUCUCCCGCCGCAACUCGCUGGUCGGGCCAGGCGCGGGUCCUGGGGGUCAGCGGCCAUCCCUGGGCCCGGUGCCCCCUCUGGGCUCAAGGGUCAGCUUCUCAGGGUUGCCCCUGGCGCCCGCCCGUUGGGUGGCGCCCUCCUACCGCACGGAGCCAGUGCCCGGGGAGCGCUGGGAGGCUGCGUGUGCACAGCGUGCCCUGGAGGCGGCGCUGGCCGCAGGGCUGCACGACGCGUGCUACUCCAGCGACGAGGCCGCGCGGCUGGUGCGGGAGCUCUGCGAGCAGGUGCACGUUCGCCUGCGCGAGCUCAGCCCGCCACGCUACAAGCUGGUGUGCAGUGUGGUGCUGGGGCCGCGCGCGGGCCAGGGCGUUCACGUGGUCAGCCGUGCGCUCUGGGACGUGGCGCGCGAUGGGCUGGCCUCGGUCUCCUACACCAACACCUCGCUCUUCGCGGUGGCCACGGUCCACGGGCUCUACUGCGAGUGAGGGGGAGUCCAAUUCUGCAAAAUUGUUUAUUAUCCUAGGAGGAGGCCCCCCUGGGGCUCACAUCCCAAUAAAUAAGUGUCUGACAAUAAAUAAAAGUGGUCCAUAAAUAA